CGUCACCGUGGCUUCUCCUUAUGGUUUUUAAUCGAUGCUACUAUUUAAAAUAACGAUCGUGUAUAAUGCAUUUUGUAUAGAAAUAACUCUUUACCUGUUUUUACCUAAUUUUGUUUUCUUUAUCGGUAGCAAGUAGGCUACUUCCUGGUUCAGAAUUAUUGUUUUGCCAAAGUUCAUACACGUGUGCAGUUUCGUAACAAACAAGCCGACUAGUCCAUCAGAAUGAAACGUGUUAAUCAUCCGGGGACUAGUGGUGCAGAUGUGAAGAUUCCCCGCUUGGAUGGACCAGAUCCAGUCACAGAUUUAAAAAGUAUCAUUGACCAACAGGAAAGGUGUCAGUCUGUGGUGAAGGAGUUAGAAGAUUUGUUUCGUGAGAGCACAAAUCUACAUCCCUUGCCAAGAGUGAAAGACUGGCGGAAAAGGCUGCAGAAGAUCAAGAAACAGCUAGACGAUCCACCCCAAAUUACAAUAGCAGUGGUUGGUGAAAGCGGCGUAGGAAAGUCGUCAAUGUUAAAUGCUCUGUUUGAUCAAUCAUCCCUGUUGCCUACUUCUGCGAUGCGUGCCUGCACGGCCGUUGUCGUCAAAGUUUCAGCAAAUACUGACAACCUUGACUACGAAGCAGAUAUAGAGUUCCUUUCGGAAGAGGAAUGGUAUGACGAGGUGAAACUACUUAUCGAGGACCUUACUGAUAAAAAUGGAAAACUUCAUUCUAGCGGUGGUAACCCGAGAACGACAGUAUCGGGAGCGGCCUUCGAAAAGGUCAAUGCUGUUUAUGGGAAAGUAGAGCCACUUGACAGUUUGAAGGAAAACAGGAAGAUCACGAAAUGUUUGGGUUCAACGGAGAAGAUAAAAUCACGUGAUGCUGUUGAUCUCCGUUUGAAGGUUGAAAAAUACAUUGAUUCAGGUGACGCAUCACGCGAUGGACAGUACUGGCCUAUCAUAAAGAGUGUACACAUCCGUGUGCCCAACUUGGAUAUCUUUAAAAGUGGCCUUGUCUUUGUUGACCUUCCAGGAGUUGGUGAUUCCAAUCUGGCAAGGAACAAGAUUGCUGGGGAAUAUUUGAAAGACUCUUCACAUGUAUGGGUGGUGGCCACGAUACAGCGAGCAGUCGACAACAGCAUAGCUAAACAACUGCUGGGAAAGCACUUCCGUCGACAGCUCUAUAUGGAUGGCCAAUAUGGAAGUCUGGCUUUUAUUUGUACACAGAUUGAUGUUAUUACACCAUCAGAGAUCAAAAAAGCAAACAUAAUGACACCCGAAGAAGAAUGUGAAUUCAUAAAACUGGAUUUGGAAAAAAAAGAGUUGUUGCAACAAUGCAAGGAGUUGAAGAGUCAGCCACAGAAUACUGAAAGGAAGUUAGAGAUUUUAGAGUUCGAAGAAAGGAUGAAAAAUAUAGACAAAGCCAUUUCUGCAUUGGCUGCCAAGGCUAGGAAUGAAUUCUCCACUAAGAGAAUAAAACAUGAUUUUAGAGCUGGACUUCGGGAAUUGGAGCAGAAAGCAGGUGAGCCAGAACAAGACGAGGAAGACGAUGAACUGGAGGAGUUUGGUAACAGUGAUGAUCAGAAGGAAGAGGAGGAAAGUACAACCACAGAUGGAGAUCUCAGUGUGUUCUGUGUUAGCGCAGCUGAAUACAUGAAGCUGAAAGAAUUUUUAGACAGUACUGAUGGCCUUGCUAAGGUGUUCAGUAAACCAGAUGAGACAGGAAUACCGAAACUGCGAGACUUCGUUCAAAAGAUGGCGGUUGAUAACAGAAAGACCGUAAUGAAAGAGAUCACUGAGGAAACUUGCAACUUGUUUCUUGAUCUUCAGGAUUACUUGGCCAUAUUAAACCCUGCAGCUAGGCCUGGUUCAGAGCAGAUUGUAUCAGUGGUGAAUAAGCAUGUCAAAGAAGUGGACACAGAAGUGAAGGCCAUUGCAACGAAGCUGUCAACGGACAUAUCUGAAACUUUUAAAAAAGAGAUCUUUCCCAAUCUUGUUGAAGGUGUCUGUAAUGGAAAAAGGGACGCAUUGGAGAUCAGUGAAAAGUGGAGAUCCUUACAUAAAUGUGCAACAUACAAGGCAACUGUUGGGCAUCAUGGGACCUACAGCUCUCGAGUAGCAGGAGCUGUCACGUUUAAUGAGGAUUUGGCUGCACCAGUUCUUGAUUCAAUUGCUUCACAGUGGACUAAAGUUUUCAAUGACUUGUUAUGGCAACAUUUUGACAAUGUUAAAGAAGCCAUGCUUGAUGCCAUCCACAAAUUUUUUACUGAUACCACAUCAGACCUUCUAAAACAUGAUGUUCAAGCUGACGAUUUGGAUAGAAUCAGUGGUCAAAUUGGAAGGUCUAUAGAGACCAAGUUGACUGAGAUGGUGAAGUCCAAUAAAGUAAUUGUGAACAAGAAACAACGAGAUUGUAGCAGACGUAUGCCGGAGAUAUUGAAGGAACACAUGAGGGAAACCUAUGAGGCAUGUAAUAGAAAAAGAGGAAGUGGAAGCUUCGACCGAAUGCGUAAAGAAAUGACUGAUGGUGUGGAGAAGAAUGUGGAUGUCAUGUAUGUCGAUGGCUCUCGCGAUCUGAAGGAACAGCUGGAGACUCUGCAGAAGUCUGUUGUGGUCGAUGUGAAAAAAAUCCUACUAGCAAUAUGUGAUUACUUGAAAGCAUCCUACGAGCCUCUGUGGAAAGUAACUCCAGAGCUCAGUGAGCUGGAGGAUAGAUUUGCCACGUGUAUUGGUUCUGGUAUUGAACAAAUCAAAGAAAACUACGAGGAACUGGGAAUUGUAUUCCCCAUCAGGGACACAACUAAGAAAGGUUCUGGUCGGGAUUCUUUGUCAAAGACAAUGGAAUCAUUGAAGCAAAAAGAGACAGACAUCAGAAUAAGUGAAGCUCAGGAAGAGAGAGCUAAGCAGAGAAGAAAGAGGAAGACAAAAGCGACCGAAAGGGAAUGAAUGACAAAAACAGCCAACCUGGAGAGAUCUUGGCAGUAAAUCCAGCCCAACUAUUUUGACUGGUCAGUGUGGUAUAUCAUAUCACAUCAGUCUUAGCUAGGAAAGGUGAAUGAUCCCUCGUGCCUUCAUCUACACACUCACCUGGAAAGUUUAGGAGAAUGACAAAAUUUUAAAUAUAUUUUUACUUUUCUUCAACCUUGAAUUUGCUCAUAGCAAAGAUUAUAUAGAAUCAUGUUAUAGAAAUUGUAAUAAUCAUGUUAUAGAAAUUGUAGAAGUUAUAUAGUGGUUUAUUAUUAUUAUUUUUUUUAAAUCUUGUAAUUAUUCACAAGAUAAUUUCAUGGUUCAGUUAUACUCUUAAAAUUCAUUCACAGGUGAAAGAGUACUUGCUUUACACCUUUGAUCAUAAAGUGCAACUGUGACAUCUUGAAAAGAAAAAAUUAAGCUGUUCAACAAAUAUGUAACAUAGAAAUCUGGCAAUUUUUUGUACCUACUUCUCAUAUAUACAUGUAACAUUUUGCAACAUCUCAGCCUCCAAUCACAUGCCUUGACAUAACAGACCAACAUUAUUGUAACUAGUGUUUGUAUUUAAAACCAAUUUAUAUUAAUAAAUACAUAAUGUUUUAAUGUCAAGAAAGUCAAGACUGUUAUACAUAAAACAAAAUGGAUAAGAAAUGAAUUAUAUACUUGUAGAGUAUGCUUUUAUUUAAGGUCCAAAGUUAAAUAUUUUUUUAUUUUACAAAAUUAUGAAAUACUCUACACUAGGGGUGGGAGGUGGAGGAAGAGUUGCCUGGAAACGUAAUACUCUUUGUAGGACUGAAAAUGUUGAAAACUCCUAACAUACUAACUGAAUAUAUUAAUUUGUCACUUUUGUCACCUAGAUACUUCAAUUUCUUCUGUGUUUUUUCCUAACACUGAUAUCCAUUUAUACUGUUAGUUGGCAAUGGGCUUUUUAAAAUAUGAUUUUCUUUAAAGUGUUAGCGUCGUAUAUGGGUUUUUUUUAGGGACGGUCUGCGAAUUGGAACCACAACUAUUAUUUUGUUACUUGGGAUGGCAGUGUGUCGCAUACUAUUACUAGGUCACUGUGGCCUACUUUUUAUGAUCUACUGCACAUAACAGUAAAUCCUUGUACGGACCAUAUCGUGCAUACA